UCCCUGCGCGUGCUGAAGCACGCUAAGGAGGUCCGGCCCGGUGUCGUCUCUAAAACCUCCAUGAUGCUGGGGCUGGGCGAGACGGACGAGCAAGUGCACGCCACCAUGAAACUACUGCGGGAAGCAGAUGUAGAUUGUCUGACCCUAGGACAGUACAUGCAACCAACAAAACGGCACCUGAAGGUUGAGGAGUACAUAACUCCUGAAAAAUUCAAGUACUGGGAAAAAGUCGGAAAUGAUCUUGGAUUCCAUUACACCGCUAGCGGGCCUUUAGUGCGCUCCUCCUAUAAAGCAGGUGAAUUCUUCUUAAAGAACUUAGUAGAAAAAAGAAAGACAAAACCCAUCUGA